AAACUUUCCCCAAAACCUGUCCGUUCGUGCUCGCGUUCAGUCGUUUCGUGCAAGAGUUGUCCCAGUCUUUUUUUUUCGUGAAAAGUUUUGUGAGAAUAUUGAGGAAACGGGAACCUGCCAUGGCCUAUUCCGACACGGACGAAUCGUCCGUCGGAAUCAGCUCCCGGUCGGGCAGCUGGCAAAUCGAUUCCGGCUCGUCGGAUUACGAGGGGGGCGUAGCGCCAGCUGUCCCCAAGGUUCCGGCUGUCGUUGGGGGGCGUAGGCGGAACCCCCGCCGGAGGGCAGCAAAGGAGGCGGGCAGCUUUCGGGCUCCUUCCGAGCUGCGCUCGGAUGAUUCGUUGAAGGUGGGGAAGAAAAAGAAGAAGAAGGGCGUAGCGCCAGUUCCGAAGGUCGUUCUGCCAGCCGGAGAGCGAAAGCGCAACACUCGCAAGAAGCCUCAGGCUGCUGCGAUUGAGCGAUCUAGUGAGGUCAGUGGGGAGGAAGAUGAGGAGGAGGGUGAAGAUUCGGUUGCCCAGAUGCGGGCCAUGUUGCGACUUCCGACGGUGCUGAUCCAGGUGCGCAAGUACGGGAUGGAUAUCGUGGACAUUUGCGACCAGAUGGAAAACUUGUUGCUUGACGAGGGGAAUAACGACGAGAUGAGUCGACUUAAGCAGAAGCUGAACAAGUUGAGCGAAAAGUGCUACCAAAAGGUGCGAGCAGAGUUUGACUGCGAAAAUUUUAAGGAACCCAAGCCGAGAUUGUCUCGUCGGGACAAACACAAGCCAAAACCGGUCAUCGAGUCGGACGAUGACUCCCCGAUGCGUCCCCGGCGUUUGGCUCGAUCCGACAGUGUUGAUUACACGUCGCCGGACAGAACUGGCGAUUCGACGCAGCAACAGCCGGACGAUUCACACAAACGGGAUGAAUCUGCCAAAGACAGUGGCAAUCCGUCCUCUGGUCAGGAUGAAUCGCCGUCGAAGAAUGACACGGACGUUGAACCCAAUGCCCCGUCUGUUGACGAGCCCGAAGACAUGGAACCGAUUCGGGACUGUCCACCCGAGAACAGCUACGAAACUGGCAUCAUGGACAUUACGGACGGCGAUCCGGAUUGCAAUCUGUUCUUCGACACGGAGCUGAUGGCCGAAGUUUGUCCACCGCCAACCGACAGUAUGAUCAACGAGACACCUUCAAUAAAUGAUGACAUUUUCCGCGGACUGCAAAAUGAUCACGACGCGUACACGACACCGAUUCACCGGGAGAUUGUACCGCCGGCGGAACCGGCUCGACCGGCGUCACCCAAAAAGCGGGUUACGCAGGAGUGCAACACCACGGACACGCCAACCACCAGCAUCGGUUCGCGAUCUACGGUCGAUUCUCAUCGUAGACGGGUUCUCCCGGCGACCGAGACUCCGGUGGUUCAGCAAUCGCUCGAGCGGUACUUUACCAAGAAACCUGUUGAGCCAGUUGAGCAACCCCCCGUAGAUGACGAAGUCCUGUUUGUCAGUGCCACGGCAGGCCGUCGUCAGAAAGCUAAUGACGUUCAGAUCAAAUCGGAACCCGAGCCAAAGCAGGACGUCUUCGUAACUCCUGAAUAUGUACCCAAGCCGGUCACGGUUGUAACCAAUCAGAAUCAACCCAAGUAUGUCGCCGCACCAACCGGCCAAUAUGAACCCGAGCCGGUCGUCCCAGAAUAUGUCCCCGAGCCGGUCGUUGCUGCAACCUCACGUGCACAGUAUCGACCCAAGUCGGUCGCCAAUCCAACUCCCGAAUAUGAACCCGAGCCCGGACCGUCAAAAGCUCCAGCUAAGCAGUGGAUGGUGCAAAAACUGGAGGCCAAAGGACCCAAGUUCAUCACCAACUCCGAUCCCAACCCAAACCGCGAACCUACGGUUGAAGAGCUCCAGUACAUCGUGCCACAUCAGCCCAAGUUCAGCGUGCCGCCAGCGCCUACAGGAGAAAAUCCCGACCUGGAGCUAAUGAAGAACGAAAUCGAUUGCCGUACGCGCAUCCCAGAUCUCUCCUGGAUCGCCCAGAAAGCCAUUCGUGAGGAGGGUCAACGCGCCAAACGGGUCGAGCGGAACAACGAGAAGCUGCAACAGCAGCUGCAGCAUUACCAGACCACAAUGCCGGAGAAUCAGCUGAUCCUGGAUUACGACACCGACAGCAAGACCUUCAUCCGGGUGCACCCGGAACUGGUCAAGACAAUGAAACCUCACCAACGCGAGGGCGUCAAGUUCAUGUACGACUGCUGUUACGGCGGGGUUUCGGACGUCAAGAACUCCAACGGAUCCGGGUGCAUUCUGGCGCACUGCAUGGGCCUCGGCAAAACGCUGCAGGUGAUUGCCCUUAUGAACACGGUCGUGUGCUACCCGAAGAUGAAAACCAAGCGAAUCAUCGUGAUCUGUCCGAAGAGCACCGUCAUGAACUGGGCCCAGGAGAUUCAGCACUGGCUGGGCGACAUCCAGAGUGGGGUGAAGCUGAAGGUGUUCUACCUGCCGGAUAGCUCCAACAUCAUAAAGAAGAUGGAGGUUCUUCGCGGCUUCCACUCCAUAUCCGGUCGCAUGGCCAGCGUGCUGCUGAUCGGCUAUGAAGCGUUCCGUUCGUUGGUGUUCUACGACGCUAGCAACCGUAAGGGCGAGAAACAUUCCGAGGGUGUACGCACUGAGGUACGCCGCGUCCUCAUCAAUCCGGGAGCAGAUCUCGUGAUUCUGGACGAGGGUCACAUCAUCAAGAACCGCAAGUCGCAGACGAACCUGUCGGUGGCAGAGAUUGCCACCAAGCGUCGGAUCAUCCUGACGGGCACUCCCAUCCAGAACAACCUGAACGAGUACUACUGCAUGGUGAACUUCGUGAAGCCGGCCUACCUCGGAAGCGAGAAGGAAUUCAACGAACACUACGCGACUCCGAUCAAACAGGGACAACACGCGGACUCUGCCGUGGCGGACGUCAAAUACAUGAAGUAUCGAUCUUACGUUCUGCACAAAAACCUGGUCAACUUUGUCCAGCGCAAAGAGUUUGAUGUGCUGCGCGGCUUUCUGCCCGAAAAGUAUGAGUACGUGUUGUACGUACCGCUCACCCCAGUUCAAGAAGAUCUGUACGAGCAGUACCUGAAGCGGAAUCCGCUGCGGCAGGAAACGGGAGGCGCACAUUUGCUGGAGGAUUACACCUUCAUGCGCAAGAUUUGGACGCACCCGAUCGUGCUCGAGCGGGCUUGGGAAACGGCAAUGAAGAAAAAGUACGGAGUUCAAGAGCGUCGCCGGGCAACUCGUCGAGCGCACGGCUUCGACAGCAGCUCGGAUGAUGACGAUGACGACGACAAAGACCGAACGCGCGCCAUCACAAACAUCUGGUGGAAGCAGAUCAUCAGCGCCGACGACCUGGAAUCGCUCUUCCCGAGCAACAAGAUGAUUCUGCUGUUUGAAAUCCUACGGCUGUGCCAGGAACGUGGCGAAAAGUGUCUGAUCUUCUCCGGCUACGUAAUGGUGCUGAACAUGGUCGAGCACUUUAUGAAGAUGAUCGACGAGCAGGGCACGAAUCCGAAGGCGGCCCUGUACGGGUUCAACAAGUUCCGCGGCCCGUGGCGUCCGGGCAUGGACUUUUACCGCAUCGACGGCGGAACGUCCAAGUCAACGCGGCACGAAAUGAUCACCAAGUUCAACGAUCCGAAGAACCUCGUGACGCGCGUCUUUCUCAUCUCGACCAAGGCCGGCGGCCAGGGCAUUAACCUGGUGGGAGCGAAUCGAGUCAUCAUCCUGGACACUUCGUGGAACCCGGCCGUGGAUCAGCAGGGCAUCUUCCGAAUCUACCGACUGGGACAGCAGAAACCGUGCUACAUCUACCGGCUGUUGGCGAUGCACACUAUGGAGGAGAAGGUGUACUCGCGGGCCGUUACGAAACAGGCGAUGAGUCACCGGGUGGCGGACAAGAAGCAGGUCGACCGCAACUACAGCAUGGCCGACCUCGAGGAGUUGUACCAUUUUGAGCGCGUCGACAUGGCGGCCCGGCCGAACGCCGCCCCCGCCGAGGACGAGCUGCUGUCCAAUUUGCUGUGGAACAAGCACAAGCUUAUAUUCCGAUACCACACGCACGAGACGAUGCUGGACAACAAAACGGAGCAGGAUCUGACCGAGGCGGAAAAGAAGGUCGCCUGGGCCCAGUUCAAGUCGAAGCAUCACACGACGGGUGCCGUCGCGGGACUCGGGCUGGACAUUCUGGGUGGUGGACUGGGUCCAACCGACUCGCAGCUGUCCGACCCGGACUUGGACUCGCAGGUGUUGACCGAGCUGGACCUGGCAUGCGCUCCAAACUACGAGGACGACGACGUCAAGCCGGAACAGCAGGGAUCGCUACCGCCGUUGGCCCUUCCGGUGAGACAAAUGGCUCCGCCGACGCCAAACAACAAGGCGACCAUUUUUGGCGAUGAUCCGUACAACACGAGCUACGGCGGUGGGUUGAGCAUCAUCGAGGAGCAGAGGCAACGGUUGAGUUUGAAGCCCGAACUGGGGGUGAAGCGCGCGGCCUCUCAGGUUACGGUCAGUGCCGCCGAGGUGGAACUGUUGCGCGAGCUUGAGGAGAAUGCUGUCCAGAAGAAGGUUAAGGGAGAGGAUGAUCAUUACGAGCCACCAGCCAAGAAGAAGGUUGCCGCGCGGGAUGUUCCAGUGAUGGACACGAUCGACCUGUUGAACUUGUCCUACGAGGGCGACUCGGAAGAGCCGCUCGAGGAGAGUCGCGAAAAGCAGUCGUCAGAGAUGGAGGUGUCGAUUCCACCGUCGGUUCCAGUUUUGAAGAGUGACAGCGGUUUGUCCAUGAUCGAGUACGAUCCGGUUGGAAGCACGCAGGAGUUGGCGAGCUACGCUGAAACCACCACGACCACAAUGAACUCCACCGUAGACCAGAUCGUUCCACCGCCGCCGGUCAGCUACGAAAAGUUCAAGGCCAGCCUGGUCGAAGAUCCGUCCGUGACGACGAGCACAACGACGGCGUCGCCAGCUGCGGUCAUGGUGGUGGCCACCUGCAGCUCUCCCGCGGCCGUGCCAGCUCCCCGCGUGAUUAUGACGCGCAGUAUGAAACGAGCGGCCGUGCCGUUGAAAGCGGGGGAUGUUCCCGCGAUUAAGGCGGCGAAGAAGAUUCGUGGCAUCGACGAUGGUGGGAGCUUGUCGAGUGUUAGCUAUGAAGAAAAUCGUUGUCGAGCGCUGGUUCCCUUCACCGGUCCUCGCUUCGCGAUGAAUACCGCGUUGAAGGCCUUGCUGGCAUGUGCCCUUAUCCGUGCUGACCUAGACAAUCCGUGCCGAGCGCUGGUUCCGUACGUACCGAGGGUGUCCCUUUUGGAGGUCAUCCUCGCCGCUGCCUUCUCGGAGCAACUUUCCUCCACGGAAAGCGAUUCCGAAGACGAUAGUAGCAGCAGCGAAACUGCGAGCACCUCGGACUCGUACCCGAUGGGGCUGCUGACCCAGACGUCGACGCUGUCCUGGACGGCGGCCGACCUGGCCUCGCUGGAUGAGCACAUUAGCGAGUACUACUCGGCGCUGUCGGAUCUGGAAGACGAAAUGGACUUUACCCAGCACACGCUGACCGAUUCGCAGCGCGCGGCCGACCAGCAGGCUCGCGACGAAAAGGAGCACGCCGAGUUGAUGGAGAGUUUGCACGAGACGCGACAGGUCGUGACCGCGGACAUCCUGCAAGAGCGCUGCCGUGCCGUUGUUCCGUACAAUCCACCGGUUUCGCUGUGGACAGCCGAAGAGGAACAGGAAGAAGACGAACCGAAAGCCGUCGUAUUUCACGCCAGCUUGGCCGAAGCGCUGACCAGCAACAACAGCUGCGCUCGCGGAUUGAAGCGAAAGCGCGAGAAGGAACUUCCAGUUUCUGUAGAUAAUGUCGUGUGGAAGAAGCCUCGAACGAGCAAGGUCUAUCGCGCCAAACGGCGAUCCAUCGCCGCAGCGGUUAUCCCAAUUCCGACCGCAAUCGAAUUACCUGUCGAAGAGCCUGAACCUGUAACUGCGAACACAACGCUCUCCUGGGGAGACGAAGAGGUGGACUUUGUGGAUUGGAACAUCUCCUGCGGAGAAAUCGAAGAACGUGAAAAAGAGCGUCGACUGGCGGAGCCAGCAGAAUCUUCCGCGCUCGUUCCGUACCAACCUGCGCCAUCGAAGAAGGUGCCGCAGCCACGCCUGGUCGUCAUGUACGGUCCAAUCCGAUCGUUUUGGGAUCCAAAACUGCUCUCGAGUCCGCUGCUCCCGCUCGUGAACGAACGCAAGGGACAAAUCUUGAAGGCUCAACACAACAAGCUGUUCCGAUUCACCCCCUACGACAAGCGCGAUCGCAAGUGGCGCAAAGUCGAGCAGGUCGUCACCGUCGAGGAAGAAAACACCUGCCGAUCGGUGGUGCUCUACACUGGUAGCUGCCUUCAAUUGCCGCAAGACGUAACGGUUCGCUACUGGCUGCAUCCGCUUCUUGUGGGCUAUCUGUCCUUUUGCCGUUACGCGAAGCAGCACUCGACGAUGCGUGAGACGGAGGCGGCGAUCAACCGAGGAACGAAGCGAAAGGUCGACUGGGAAAGUGGAGGCAGCAUGAAACGUUCACGCGCGGUCAACAGUGCGCCGUAAUUUUCGCACAUCGAAUGCGAAACUGGAUUUCGUUUCCGAGACUUGAGAAAGAAAAACUUGUUUUGUUUUUUUGUUUAGUGCUUAGUGCAUUAAUAUUUUUUUCGUUUUUAUUAUUAACCUCUUGAUGUAACGUGGUAACAGUAAUACUAACAUCUAUACCAUCUCGAUUCAUCUCAUCACUAAAUGCUAUUCUUUGUUUUAUACUGUUCGACAAGUAGUUGAAGAAAAUGUAGCGUGUGUUUGUUAAAUAAAAGCCGUUUUUUCUCGAGCGACACAAA